AGGACCCGGAGAGGAGGAAGAAGAGGAGGCCAAGGGGAAGGGGAAGAAGAAGGGGAAGGGAGCCUCGGAGGCCGCCGCGCCUUCGAGCAGCCGGAGCUGGCCAGCUUGGCCGAGGGGGCUCCCUCCCCUCUGUCGGGGAUCUGGGCGGGACACACCAGGCGGAGACCCUCGGAGGCUCUUCCCAGGGGAUCGGGGCUCCGGCCCCGCCGCCAGGAUGCUGCCCUCGGUCUCCCUUCGGCCUCCCCUCGGCCUCCGGAGCGGAUCAGUCCCGGAGCGGAGGAGCCGCUGAGCCCCAGCCGGGGGUCUGCCGGGGAAGGCUAGGCCUCUUGGGCCCCGCGGGCGCCAUGCAGCACCCCUUGGACCUGGGCGCCGCCGCCCACUAUUUCCCCGCCGACCCCUUCGCCGACCCCCGACCCCACCGCUACCGGAGCUUUAUGAUCGAGGAGAUCCUGACGGACCACCCGGACGCCAAGGCGUCGCCCCCCGCGGGAGAGCUGCUCAAGUUCGGGGUGAAGGCGCUGCUCUCGGCCCGGCCCUACCCCAGCCCCCUCGGUACGUACCUCCGCCGCCGCUGCUGCCCCGGGCCUCAGCCCCGCCAGGAACCCCAAGGAGGGCCGCCUUCCCCCGCGGCUGGGGCCAGCCCUCCACAUCGCCUCUAUUGCCAAGCGGUUCUGAAAGCGGAGCAGGCGGCGGCCGUCUUCAAGUUUCCUCUGGCGCCGCUGGGCUGCUCGGGCCUGAGUCCGGCGGCUCUCUUGGCGGCAGGGUCCGGGCUCCAAGGGGGAUCCCCAGCCCCCCACCUGCCCCUCGAGCUCCAUUUCCGAGGGAAGCUGGAACCCGGGGCCGCCGGAGCCGCCUCCGAGGCCGGCAGCAAAGCCAAGAAAGGCCGUCGGAGCCGCACCGUCUUCACCGAGCUGCAGCUGAUGGGGCUGGAGAAGCGCUUCGAGAAGCAGAAGUACCUCUCCACGCCGGACAGGAUAGACCUGGCAGAAUCCCUGGGCCUGAGUCAACUGCAAGUGAAAACCUGGUACCAAAACAGGCGGAUGAAAUGGAAGAAAAUAGUGCUGCAAGGCGGAGGGCUGGAGUCGCCCACCAAGCCCAAAGGACGCCCGAAGAAGAACUCCAUCCCUUCGAGCGAGCAGCUGACGGAGCAAGAGAGGACGAAGGAGCUGGAGAGGCCGCCGGAGCUGAGUCUCGCUUCCCCGACCCAAGUCGGCCAGGAGGAAUGACCCACCGCCCCCGGGCCAGCCCUCCCCGCGGACUCGGAGGGCGAUGGGGCCCACCAAGGGCGGAAGGAAGACCCCUGGAGGACCAGGCGGACAUGCCUCCACGGGUCUGUUUUUGGGACCUCCAAGUGUGGGGCCUUGCAAAUCGACUAGACCUCAUUGAGGACCUCGUCCGGGAAUUGCCUCGGAGCCCACGCCCCACGGACACGAGGGCCCCGCAAACUGGUUUUGUUGCUCUGAAGCUGCCAGGAGGAAGAGGAAGAAGAGGAGAGAGAAACAAGCAGGGUGGCCUAAUGGUUAGUGGAGACUAUUCUUCCGCAUCGGUACCGUUGUAUUUCCUGGGCCUCCUCGUUGUCCUUAGGGAAGGGAAAGGCAUCCCCCGUUUGUCUCUCUGGGAAAGAGGGGCUUUCUUUGGUUUCUUUUUGGCCUUGGAGGGGGGGUGGGAUACAGGAGGGUUCUUGAGAUCCAAGGUUGUGCGGAGGAGUGUUCCUUAAAAUAUUAGACAUACGCAUUUUUUCCCAUUCGGUGUUUAAUUAAUAAGAAGAUAACGGAUUUUAUGUCAAUAAAAAUAUUUUAUGAACGGUU